AUGGUUUUGAAUUAAUAAAACAUAAAUUAAUAAAUAUUCGUAAGAAAAUUAUGCUCGCAUAUUCGUAAGAAAAUUAUGCCCGCAUAUGCGGGCAACACACCUAGUUAAUACUCCCUCCGUUUCAUUUUACUUGUCGUUCUAGAAUUCAACACACAGAUUAAUAAACAUUUAAGUUUAUCUAUUUACUAGAUAAAGACAUCAUUACCAAUACAGCUAAAGCAGAUUUUAACUAAUAAAAAAAUAGAUUAGAAUAAAAAGUCAAUAAAUUUUGCUUUGAAAUCAUAAAACGAUACUAAUUUUGAAGCGAAAAUUUUGCUCUAAAACGACGUCUAAUUCGACACGGAGGGAGUAUGUAUAGAUCAUUCAACUUUAUAGGUAAAGAAACGUGAAACUAAGUUCUUGAGCCAUCAAAACACAAACCCCUUCAUCAGUUCCGUCUUCUAAUAUUGUUAGCUCGGUUAAAGCGAAGAACGUGAACCAUAAGGAUUCCACUAACAUUUGGCACACUCCAACAUCACUUCCUAACUAGUUACAAAAUUUUACUCGAUUAGCAUCACACUAUCUCCAGAUAUAAUUCUUCAAAGUCUGCAGUUUUUAUGUAGGGCUUCUAGAAAUGUAUAAAGGCUUCUUUCUUUUCUUGCAUGCAAUAAGUGACUUCAAUAAAGUCUAUUUAUUAUCAAUAAUAUAAGGCUAGUAUUCUUUUUUUCUUUCUCCGGUCUCCAUAAGGCGAAUGGCAAGUUGUGUUCUUACAAGUCUUCUUUAUUGGUGGACAGUCUCAAACCACGUGCUACGAACUUAUCAACUUAGCUUUCUCUGAUAUAAAGUCUAAAGACCCAAUGCUUCAAGAAAAGUAUUCUGGAAUCAUUACAGCAUCAGCAGUGUACCAAAAUAUUAGAAUCUUUCAAACAAAAUAAUAUUAAAAAAUAAAAAAGUACGAGAGAGGAUGUUAAAAAAGUGAGGAUCGAUGGGUGGCAAGAAACGUUAAACACUCCUCAGAAACCUCCAUAUGCCAUUUGGCACUCUUUAACUGGAUUAAAUUUUUAAUUGCACUAAAAUUUAAUUAGAUAAAAGAAGUGAUCUAAAACGCGGUAGGCGUUCAUUAUAUAGCGCCUAACCGUAGACGCCUAAACGAAGUAUAUACGGAUAUAUACUUUUACACGAAAUAUAAGUAUACAAUUAAUAUAUAUACAUUAUUUUUGAAAAAACUGAACAUAAAUAUAUUUUAAAUCCACUUUUAUGUAUAACUAUAUAGUUUAACAUAUAUAAAUAGUUUUAAAUUAUAAAAAUUAAAGCUAUUUUAAAUAUAUAAAUAUGAUAAAUUAAAAAUGAUUUUGAAACAAUUAUACUAAUAUCUACAAUCAUAUAAAUACAUAAAAUAAGUAAAAGUAAUAUAAAUAAUAACAUUAGUAAAAUAAAAUAAUAAUAUUAACAUUUUAUAUUUUCUGAAUAUUAAUGCUUAAAAUCCGCCUAGGCAUCCGCGUAGACCACAUAAUGUUCGCCUAAACGCUAUUAUUCGCCCGAAUUAUAUAAAUCCGCAUAAAACACUGUAUAAUAUAAAAACAGUACGGUUGGCUACCGUAUAGCGUUUAAACGCCGCCUAGGCGCCUAGACCGUAUUUUUAAAUACUGGAUAAAAAUUAAUACUAGAAUACUAAUAUAUUAAUUGCAAGAGUAUCCACUCACUAAUCAUGCUCUUAGAUUAAACUUCUUCAUGUUAUGAUGAUUAAGACGCUAGGCGGGAAGAUAAUUGUAAAUGAUUAGUCAGAUGGGAUUGAUUAGGCGAUUUCAAUGUAUACUAGUCAAAUUAAGCACUAAUAUAAGUGUCAUCUUGAGAGUUUACAAGUUAUUUAUUUUUGGUACAGCCGACAAAGAAAAACAAAGUUGGUCCAUAAAUCUUGAAAACUGAUCCUAGAUUCUGACAAGUGUGGCAAGUUGACAGAGGAGAAGUACCAAUGAAACCAAAACAAGUUACGUAUGCAUAUACGUCAGAAUCCGUACCCAAAAUGAUCUCACAAGAAUCCAAACUAACGUGUGGAUGGUGGAUUUUAUACAUUAUAUAUUUAGAAAUACUGUAAUGAUAAAAUAUUAUAUGCAUCAAGCAAAGACUCCCACAAUCAUUCAAUACGUCAAGAAAUUUUACUUUUUCUACGAGGUUCAGAAUCUUUUACUUCUCUGAACUUAUUUCUCAAAAUUCUCAUAGUAAAUCUCAUUUUCUUUGCAACCAAAGCAAGAGAAACAUGAGUAGUAGUAAUCCACAACACAAGCUCCAUGUUAUGUUCUUCCCUUUCAUGGCUUAUGGCCACAUGAUACCAACUCUUGACAUGGCUAAGCUUCUCUCCAGCAGAGGAGCCAAGUCCACUAUUAUCACCACACCUCUCAACUCCAGGAUCCUCCAGAAACCGAUCGACGUAUUCAAGAACCUGAAUCCCAAUCUUGAUAUCGAUAUCGAGAUCUUCGAUUUCCCUUGCGUGGAGCUAGGGCUACCAGAAGGAUGCGAGAACGUCGAUUUCUUCACCUCAAACACCAAUGUUGACGGUAACUACAUGGCCCUAAAAUUCUUAAUGUCCACAAGUGUUUUCAAGGAUCAGCUCGAGGUUCUCCUCAAGAAGACAAGACCAAACUGUCUUAUCGCCGACAUGUUCUUCCCAUGGGCUACUGAAGCUGCUGAGAAGUCUCAUGUGCCAAGACUUGUGUUUCACGGCACUGGCUACUUCUCUUUAUGCGCUGGUUACUGCAUUAAAAUGCAUAAACCACAGAACAAAGUAGCUUCGAGUUGUGAGCCCUUUGUGAUUCCAGAGCUCCCUGGUGACAUAGUGAUAACUCAAGAACAGAUCAUAGACGGAGACAACGAGUCCGAGAUGGGGAAGUUCAUGAUUGAUGUGAGAGAAUCAGAGCUGAAGAGCUCAGGUGUUGUUGUGAACAGCUUCUACGAGCUUGAACCUGAUCACGCAGACUUUUACAAGAGAUUUGUAGCUAAGAGAGCGUGGCAUAUCGGUCCGCUCUCUGUUAUAAACAGAGGAUUUGAAGAGAAGGCUGAGAGAGGAAAGAAAGCUAGCAUUGAUGAAGCUGAAUGCCUCAAAUGGCUUGACUCCAAGGAACAAGAUUCAGUCAUAUACAUUUCAUUUGGGAGCGUGGCUUGCUUCAAGAACAAGCAGCUGAGAGAGAUCGCUCUAGGGUUAGAAGCGUCUGGCACAAAUUUUAUUUGGGUUGUGAGGGAAAACACAGAUGACAAAGAAGAAUGGUUGCAAGAAGGGGUUGAAGAGAGGCUCAAAGAAAGAGGAAUGAUAAUAAGAGGAUGGGCACCACAAGUACUGAUACUUGAGCACCAAGCAACAGGAGGGUUUGUGACUCACUGUGGCUGGAACUCGCUUCUUGAAGGUGUGGCUGCAGGGCUACCUAUGGUGACGUGGCCUAUUGGAGCAGAGCAAUUCUACAACGAGAAGUUGGUUACGCAAGUUCUCAGAACUGGAGUGAACGUGGGAGCCACAAAGCAUGUGAAAGCUAUGGAAGAUGAUAUCAUUAGUAGAGAGAAAGUAGAGAAGGCGGUGAGAGAGGUCUUGGUUGGGGUAGAGGCGGAGGAGAGGCGUAAACGGGCGAAGAAGCUGGCGGAGAUGGCUAAAGCUGCGGUGGAAGAAGGAGGGUCUUCUUUUAACGAUCUAAACAACUUCAUAAAAGAGUUCAGCUCAUGAUGGUUCUUCGUAUAGAGUUUUGGUUACAACUCUUAUAUUGGGAAUAAGACAAAACCUAAUGUAAUAUUCAAUGAUAUAGGUUAAUCAAUCUUUCAUUUUCA